UGGUGCGUUCCAAGGUGCUCUGCCUAAACCAUUCCGCUGUAAACACUGACAGGCGUGUUGUGUUCCGCACGUGCUAGCCUGCUGUUUCCGGUCAUUGCUCAGGUGGUGAAGGCUGGAUCUUACAGUACUGGCUGAAUAGAACUCUGUAAAGGGUUUCCACAAUGGCAGUACCUGGUGUAAACAAGGAUAACAUCAGAGCUGGAUGCAAAAAGUGUGGCUACCCUGGCCACCUAACAUUUGAAUGUAGAAACUUCCUUCGAGUGGACCCACAGAGAGACAUUGUUUUAGAUGUCAGUAGCACUAGCAGUGAAGAAUCUGAGGAGGAAACUGAAGCAGUAGCCAAAGUCAUUAUUUCUUCAGACAAGAAAAGUGACAAUGAAGUAGUAAAGAAGAAGCAGAAGAAGAAAGAAAAGCAUAAAUCAAAGAAACAUGGAAAGAGGUCACAUUCAUCGAGUGAAUCUGAGGAGAGCUCAAAGCCAAAGAAAAGGAAGCACCAAAAGAAAGAGAAAAAAAUAAAGCUUAAGUCAAAGAAAGGAAAGCACAAAAAAGACAGAAAAAAAAGAAAACGUGAACGCCAUUCUUCUUCUUCCUCAUCUUCCAGCAGCUCAGAAUCCUCUAGCAGUGACUGACAUGAUCCUCAUUGUACCUUCUGACAUUAUGGAAUGUGGGAUAGUAUAUGAUUGAAAAUUAAACCAAUUUGCUACAGUAAAUGGAUCAAACCUGGUGUAUAUAGGUUUUGACAUGUCUUUUUUAUAUACAUAAAUGGUGUGGUAACUUCAAAAGUGUUGCUGACCACACUGCUAUCAGUAAUUGCAAUAACUAAACCUAAAAUAAAUAAAUCACGAGUACUGAUCCUUUUCAAUCAUCUUAAAGAAAGGCCGAAAGAAUUGAGAAAAUAACGAGAUACGAAUUUAAAUGAGGUUUUUUUGUUUGGUUUUUUUUUUAUGUUUGCUUUGUAAUACUUCUUGUUGUUCUCUUUCAUUCCUUAUUGUAGUACUCCAUGAGAAUAAAAAAGUAAUAAAUGUUUGUCUGUGUGUGUGCCAUCAUGAAUUGUAUGCAAUUCUAUUCUGAAAUGUAAUUAAUGUAAUAAAUGUAAUAAGUCAUUGUAA